AUGUUAAACAAGCCGCCCUUGAAGCUUCGGAAGGAGACGCUGGAGCAAGAUGCCGACAUCCGACAGCUCCUGGCAUCCUCAGCGCUGCAGACCCCCGCGGAUGUACUGGAGCGAGGUGGAGGAUGGACCUUGGUGGUGAAUCACUUGCAGAGCACAUCACCGCAACUACAGGCCCUGCACCAGCAGGUCUUCGCGCUGACUGGCCUCAGUGGCGGAAUGAAUGCCUAUCUGACACCACCAGGUGCCAUUGGCAAGCCCCCACAUGUUGAUGAUCACGAUGUGCUCGUGUUGCAGCUGGCGGGCGAGAAGAAGUGGCUGCUGCUGGACAGUGCUACACGAGAGCUUCAGGAGGAGGUUGUCCUCCAUGCGGGAGAUGUGCUCUACCUGCCCCAAGGGAUUCCACACCACGCAGCCGCACGAGAGGGCACCUCACCCUCGCUCCAUGUGGCCCUGGGCCUCCACCGACUGCCCCUCAGUACGGCUUUCGUCCUUGCUGCAAUGCUGACGCUGAGCAGCGAGGCUUCCUGCAGGGUCCCAGCAGCUGGCGCGCGGCUGCCGGCCUCUGUCGUGGAAGAGAUGGAAGGUCGUGGGCAGGCCUUUGCCGCCUUCGGCACACGUGAGCAUUGGCUGCACCAGCUUCUGCCGCAGCACCUUUCCCUGGUCGGAUCCUUAACCCCGGACGACUUGGCCGAGGAGCAAAGUCUCCUUGCUGGCAUGGCAAGCAACCUCCGCGCUCGAGCUGCGGAGCUGGCUGAGCUCAUUCGAGGCGCGGCACCCUGCCCAGACAGGCGGAAGGCUCUCCUCCGGGCUGCAGCUGCAGGCAGCGAUGCUGAGCUGCUAGAGGUUGCGCAGCUGCCUGACAAGGAGUUCAUCGACCUGGCCCUGAAAGCCUUCUGGGCACGACGGGAGCAUGUUCUGGACCAGCACUUUGCCCAACAUGGGCCCUUGCCAUCGGAUGCAGCCUGCGAGGAUGGUUUGGAGCUUCGCUGGCGAAAGCGUCCAAACGUGGCGGCGUUGCUGCGGCCAGGAGGCGUCUUGAGGGUGAAUGGCUUUCGCCUUACCGAGCUCGAAGGCCCGUCCCUCGACGCAGCUGCGUGGUUCUUGCGCCGGAGCACCGGCAGCGUGCAGGAGAUGCCGCAGAGGCUUCGCGCUGUGGGUCGGGAUGUCCUCCGUCGACUGAUUGCGUGCGGGUCAUUGGAGCCCGUGGCCUAG